ACAAAAAAUAUUUUAAAUAAUAUUUUAUGACUGACAUCUCUAGAUAUCUAUAUUUAAUGAAACGUACGUGUAUUUUUUUUAAUCAUUGUGAAAUUAAGGAUAUAUAUUUUUAUUGUUCAAUAAAACAGAUACAGUUUUUUUUACCGUGUCAAAUACCCGCCGAUCUAAGGAUCUUUCCAUCGUGCUGUAAUUUUAUGUUCUUUUUCGUAUAAAUAGUUCACUUCUUGCCUUCGUCGGUCCUUUACAGAUGAAGGGUUUCUCAAAUUGAUAUCAUUACAUGUUCUAUCUUUUUUUGUUGCAUUUACUAUUAGUAUCUUCACGUUAGAUUUUUUUUCUUCAUCUUGCUUGAAUCACAGUAGACUGACAUAGAAAAAUUUCCGCUUGUUUCAAAUAAUUUAAGUGAUUUUGCAUAAUAAAAGUGUCAUUAUUUUGUAUGAGGAAUAUUUUCAUGUACAUUUUUCAUAGUAUAUGGUUACAGCGCGUGAGGUCGCUGAUGACCGUGCGUAUCGUGAGCUUGCCGUUUUCAGUCUCCUCCUUUCUUUUUAUGCGUCACAGCAGACUAUGUGUGCUUUGUUUGAUGAGCAGAAACCAUGGCUCAACAGCAGGGAGUGGAAUCACUUGCUUUUGAACAUAUUUACCGAAUUAAUGGUGUCAGUGUAGAAACAACAAGGAUAUCGUGCGUUUCUCUUAAAUCAGCGAUGAGCAGAAGAAGGAAUAAUGGGAUCUUAUUUUUCCUGGUCAUGUUAUUUGCAUCCGACUGGUCUGCAGCUCAGAUAUCCUACUCUAUCACCGAGGAGGCGGACAAAGGAACUGUUGUCGGGAACCUCGCAAAGGAUUUAAACGUCAACGUCCGAGACCUGCAAUCCAGGAAUCUAAAUAUUGUGUCGGGACGCAGUAAGAAAUACUUCGAAGCUAAUUUUAAAACAGGAGAGCUGUAUGUCAAUGAGAGGAUAGAUCGUGAAGAGAUUUGUCUAAAAAUUAUUAAAUGCGCAUUAAAUAUUGAGGCCAUACUGAGUGAUCCUGUAGCACAUAAACGCAUCGAGGUGGUGAUUAAUGAUGUGAACGACAACGCGCCUACUUUUGUGGAGAAAUAUUUCUCUGUCAAUAUUUCUGAAUCUUCACCAGCGGGCGAGCGCUUCCUGCUGCCUUUAGCAGUCGAUGCGGAUUCAGGCAGCGAUUCUGUAAAGACGUACAAGCUCAGUGUAAAUGAAUACUUUUCCCUCGACGUACAGAGCGGCGGAGAACACAGCGCAUCUGCUGAAUUAGUGCUGCUGAAAGCUUUAGACCGAGAGAAACAAGGAGUUAUUAACCUAAAACUUACUGCUUUAGACGGAGGAAGGCCUCCACAAUCCGGAUCUGUUCAGAUCAUUAUCAAUGUCUUAGAUGCCAAUGAUAACACGCCGUCUUUUAGCAGAACCCUUUAUAAAGCUCGAGUUACUGAAAAUGCCCCAGUAGGAUUUCAAAUUAUUCAGCUCAAUGCAACUGACUUAGAUGAAGGGGAAAACGCAAAAAAAGUUUACUCUUUUGUCAAACGUGCAAACUUUAACCCAUCUGAUAUCUUUUUUAUAAAUGAAGAAACCGGAGAUAUCAGCGUUAAAAGUGAAUUAGAUUAUGAAGCACAGUCAUCAUACGAAAUUCAUGUUCAGGUUACAGACAAAGGUGCGUCACCUCUUCGAUCGAAUUGCAAGCUUUUAAUAGAAGUAGUGGAUGUAAACGAUAACACCCCAGAAAUUAUUGUAACAUCACUGAUGAACCCAGUUAAAGAAGAUGCUGAAAUAGGAAGCGUUGUAGCUUUGGUUACAGUGACGGAUAAAGAUGGUGGUAAAAACGGUGCGACUCGAUGUAAGCUUGUUGGUUCAACUCCUUUCAAGUUAAAUGUUAAUUAUAAGAGUUAUUACUCUUUAGUUGUAGAAGGACCCCUUGAUCGAGAAGCACAUGCUUCUUACAAUCUCACAAUUAUAGCUAAUGACGACGGAGUCCCAUCUCUGUCCAGCACCACCGUUAUCAAUGUACAAAUUUCUGAUGUUAAUGAUAACGCGCCUCAUUUCCUGGAAUCCGUGAUCAAUAUUUACGUGAAAGAAAACAGCCCAGUUGGAGCCAAUAUUUUUAAAAUUAGCGCAGUCGAUCCUGAUAUGAAUGAAAACGCAAGAAUAACUUAUUCACUAGAAGGUGAUUCCAAAAAUAUCCCUGUGACGUCGUUUAUAAACAUUAACUCGGAUACAGGAGAUAUAACCAGUCUGCAGUCUUUUAAUUAUGAGGAACUGAAGACAUUUCAAUUUAAAGUUCAGGCUACAGACUCUGGUGUUCCUCCGCUGAGCAGCAAUGUGACUGUUAAUGUGUGCAUUCUGGAUGAAAAUGAUAAUAAUCCAACUAUUUUAGCUCCGUAUUCUGAGCACUGGCUCUGUUAACAGUGAGACCAUCCCUUAUUCUGCUGAAUCUGGAUACUUUGUAGCAAAGAUCAGGGCUGUGGACGCAGAUUCUGGAUACAACGCGCUGCUUUCUUAUCACCUGUCUGAGCCCAAA